UUUAUUCACGAUUCUGCUGCCUACAAAGCUAGCCCUUGCAGCAAGUUAAGCCGAUUUGGAGCCAGAAGGUCAAGUUCAUCACAGCUGAUUCUUAUCGCUCUUUCUUCUCAAUCCACCGAUUUUCAAUCAUGGUUCUCGAGGCGACGAUGAUAUGCAUUGAUAAUUCCGAAUGGAUGCGAAACGGAGAUUAUUCUCCCACCAGAUUUCAGGCUCAAGCGGACACAGUCAAUCUUAUCUGCGGAGCCAAAACCCAGUCUAAUCCGGAGAAUACUGUUGGAGUUAUGACGAUGGCAGGCAAAGGACCUCGUGUCUUGGUUACUCCCACCAGCGAUCUUGGAAAAAUCUUGGCUUGUAUGCAUGGCCUAGAAGUAGGUGGUGAGUGCAACUUAGCUUCUGGAAUCCAGGUGGCUCAAUUGGCUCUUAAGCAUCGCCAGAACAAGAAGCAGCAACAAAGAAUUAUAGUAUUUGUGGGGAGUCCUGUAAACUAUGACAAGAAGGUUUUAGAGAUGAUUGGGAGGAAGUUAAAGAAGAAUAGCGUUGCUCUUGAUAUUGUUAAUUUUGGUGAAGAGGAUGAGGCAAAAACUGAAAAGCUAGAGGCCCUUGUUGCUAGUGUGAACAAUAAUGAUAGCAGUCACAUUGUUCAUGUUCCUGCAGGACCAAAUGCUCUGUCUGAUGUAUUAAUAAGUACACCGAUAUUUACUGGAGAUGGGGAAGGUGGUAGUGGAUUUGCUGCUGCUGCUGCAGCUGCCGCAGCUGGCGGUGUAUCUGGCUUUGAUUUUGGGGUGGACCCAAAUCUGGAUCCAGAACUGGCUCUUGCCCUCAGGGUGUCAAUGGAGGAAGAAAGGGCAAGGCAAGAAGCAGCUGCAAAGAAGGCUGCAGAGGAAGCAACUAAACAGGAAAAAGGAGAGCAAUCUACAUCUCAGGAUGCAACAAUGUCUGAAAGUGAAUCUGAUAAUAAGGCUGACUUGAUGGAUGAUGAGAAUGCCUUGCUGCAGCAGGCCCUUGCUAUGUCAAUGGACGACCCUGUUGCUUCCACGGUGGAUACAGAUAUGUCUGAGGCAGCUGGAAUGGAUCAAGACUUGGCGCUUGCUCUGCAGUUAUCUGUGCAGGAUAGCACAACAGAGCAAUCAAGUGAGACGGACAUGAGUAAGCUGUUGGCAGACCAGUCCUUUGUGUCGUCAAUCCUUGCUUCGCUUCCAGGUGUUGAUCCAAAUGACCCUUCUGUCAAGGAUCUACUUGCCUCCAUGCAAACUCCUCCUCCUACUACUAGUGAUGAGAAGAAAGAUGAAGACAAGUCUUCUAAUGAUGAAGACAAGAAAUGAUGCUAUUGCUGUUUCACUUAUUCGAUGAUCAAUAUCUCGUAGAGUCUUUUCACUUCAUCCAUCCAGGACGGGGACCUUCAUACUGCUGGCAGGAAGAUAUUUUAGUUAUGGAGGGGAAUAUAUAACAAACUGUUUUCAUGUUUUACCCGUUUGGACAGGAAUGAUAUAAUAGUCUUGCACUUUCUUUUAUUACUAUAUUUCUCUCCUCAAAAAACAUAUUUGCUUGUUUGUUUGAUUUCAUGAAAUGACAAUAUUAAGGUUAUAAUAAUCUUGAUCUAUUACAGUA